AUGGUCUUCUCCAGAUUUGGCCGCUCGAUAUUCCCUCUACUUCCGCCGUAUGCUGCCCACGAUGGUCCAGCCUCUCAGGGCCCUCCUCCGUUUCUCGAUCCCGAUGGCAUCACUCCCUACCUCGGUCUGAAGGCGCGAUUGUCUCAGGUGUGGAUCAAUCGAUGGACAGUCUUGCUGCUGCUAGUGCUCGUCAGAGUCCUGCUGGCGAUCCAAAGCCUGCAAGGGCAAAUGGCUUCCGCAAGGGUCCAAGCCCUGUCGGCCUGUACGAGUGUCGAGUCCAUGGGGAGUGCCAUGGCAUCCAUGCCGCAUUAUAUGUCCCAGGGAGUCAAUGAAAUGGCUGCGGAUGGGGUCACGAAAGCAGUCCAUGGACUCGUAGAGAUGCUCCAAAUGACCAUCACAGGCGUCGAGGGGCUCGUGCUCUUCUACAUCGACUUCCUAGUCCAGACAUACCUGUGUUUGAUCACUCUGGUGAUCAGAGGCAGUGUGGAAGCAGGCGUGAGCAUAAUUGAAGACAUAACAUCCUUUCUCAACAAGACCCUGCCCGACAUCGGCAAAGACAUUGGUAAUGGGGUCAAGGAUUUCGAAAAUGCCCUUAAUACUUUCCUCGAAGGCGUCAACAGCGUUGCGAGCCUUUUUGGCAAGAAGGUGCCCACUCUCGAUCUGAGCAAGGAGAUCGACUCUCUGGAUCACCUCCAGCUGCCGUCCUCCAUCAACGACGAACUCAACAAGAUCAAUGCCUCCGUGCCCACGUUCGACCAGGUCAAGAAUUUCACAACCACUGCCAUCGAGACCCCGUUCGAGGACCUGAAGAAGCUCAUCAACGAAUCACUGGGCGAUUAUCAGUUCAACAGCUCCGUCUUCCCCGUCCCCGCCAAGGAGCAGCUGUCCUUCUGCGGCGAGAACGACGGCAUCAAUAAGUUUUUCAACGGGGUGGCCGACACGCUCGUCGUGGCGCGCAAAGUUUUCAUUGCUGUUCUCACCAUCGCCGCCGUGCUGGUCUGCAUCCCAGUGGCCUUUCGCGAGAUCUGGCGUUGGCGGUCCAUGAAGGAGCGGUCCCUGCUCGUUCGCAAGGAGGCCCACGAUCCGCUGGAUGUGGUGUAUAUCGUCACGCGUCCAUACACAUCGACCGCAGGGAUCAAGGCGGCCAGCUUCUUCAGCAAUAGUCGUCGGCAGAUUCUUGUGCGAUGGGCCUUUGCCUACGCGACGUCGACGCCGGCCCUACUACUCCUCGCACUAGGCGUGGCGGGCCUGUUCUCGUGCCUGUGUCAAUACAUUCUCCUGCGGGCGGUGGAGAAAGGGGUACCAGAACUGACGGCAGAGGUUACUGGAUUCGCCGACAAAGUGGUCGCAUCGCUGAACAACGCGUCUGAGCAGUGGGCGAUCGGAGCGAAUCAGGUAAUCAACUCGACGAACGCGGACAUCAACGACAAGCUCUUCGGCUGGGUCAACAUCAGCGCGACGGCGCUGAACGACACGCUCAACACGUUCCUUGACAAGACCAACGAGGUGCUGAACGACACCUUCGGCGGCACAAUCCUGUACCAGCCGGUUACGGGCGUGUUCGACUGUCUGGUCGAGAUGAAGGUACAGAGCAUCCAGAAGGGGCUGACAUGGGUGUCGGACCACGCGCACAUCAACAUCCCCGAGUUUUCGAACAACACCUUCUCCCUCGGGGCUGCGGCCAGCAUCGCGGGGAAGAACCAGUCCGACAGCUUCCUGGCCGACCCGGGCGACACGACGUCUAACAAGAUCAGCGAGGUAGUCGCCAAGGUGACGAACGAGCUGGAGGACACGAUCCACACUGAGGCCGUCAUUUCGACAGUGAUUGUUCUUGCGUGGGUUCUGGUCGCGCUGAUCGGUAUCAUCCGCGCGCUGCUGCUCUGCUGCGGCCGGGACCGGCCUCGAGGGGAGGGCGGCAGACCGGUCGUCGUCCCAGGACAAGUGCGGUCCCCAGCUGACGCAGGCAUCGACCUGCCCAUCAUGACCGGCGGCGGUCGCAGCGACGAUUCCAUCCAAGACGAAAAGGCAGCAGCAGCAGGAAGCUACCGCCCCGGAAGACCAGCCACGCCAUUCGCGACGCGCAUGGACAGACGAGAGAGAGAAAUAGAAGACGAAUCCAACUACCAGGACCGAAAACUGGGCUUUGCAGGCCAGCGCGAGUAUGGCGCCGCUCUGAAGCACAAAGUGCCCUCUUCCGUGCUUCUCCGGGGGAGUUCGUAUAUCGAGUAUGGAGACGAGAAGCACUAG